GUAGUCAGGCAGAACUUCAACAACAGAUCUCCAGGUCUCCCUCCGCACUCUUCUCCAUCAUCGUUUCUGCAGCUAUGACUUUACUGCUGACAUUGCUGGGAGCUGUGCUCUGCUCCUUUUCGGUGUCUUCUGAAAUCCUCCCCCAGGCAGACUUCAAUUUACAGGCGACCGCAGGGAAGUGGUACCUGAUUGGAUUUGCCAGUAAUGCUCAGUGGUUUGUCGACCGCAAAGCUAACAUGAAGAUGGGCACAGCCAUGUUCACCCCAACUGCAGAUGGGGACCUGGACCUCUCAUAUGCCAGUCUGAGCUCUGAUGGCUCUUGUUGGAGACUGAACAAUCUGGCCAAGAAGACUGAUGUGCCUGGAAAAUUCUCGUACACAAGUCAGCGCUUGGGGAAUGAGAAUGGCAUGCUUAUGGUGGAUGUGAAGUACGACGAGUACGCCCUGAUGCACAUCACUUCCACCCAGGGGGAUGUCCUCACUGUCGUCAACAAACUAUACGGCCGCAGCAUGGACCUCAGCGCUGAUCUGCUGGAGAAGUUCAGGCAGUUCUCCUUGGAGACUGGCAUCCUUCCUGAAAACAUUGCUUUCCUUCCAAAAAAUGCGGAGUGCCCAGUUGCCUAGUUUUCCAACCAUUGCAUGUCAGUGAUGCUGCCUGAAGACCUUAAAGUUUAUUGAAAGUAUUCGACAGGUGUGAACUGCUCCAAUAAAAACAAGAAGAAAAAAAUAAUCUUGUCAUUUAUUCUGCUCUUUCAGAUUUUAACGCUAGCUCCUAAUGCCCCUAAACAUGAUGUAAAGCCCAGUUUC